UUGCUUAGACACAUUCUUCAGUUCCCUUUCUUUUCCCUUUUUGGCGGCGACAAUUCUUUAUUCUUGGGCUAAUUUGUCUGUUUGUCAACUGAAUAAGCAAUGGCGGAAACCCAGCAAUGAAGAAGGGCACUGUGACGCCAUCAUUGUUCCCAGCAGAGGAAGCCCAUAAAGCAUCUAAGCGGGUGCGGGACAAUAUAGCUAAGCGCCAAGAGCAACUUGUUCAACUCAAGGGAUUCAUGAAUGAGAACACUAACCUUAUAAAUCUUGUACAGAAUCUCCCUGAUGAAUUCCACCACAACAUCAUGGUUCCGUUUGGCAAGGCGGCAUUUUUCCCGGGUCGAUUGAUUCACACCAAUGAGUUGAUGGUCCUUUUAGGAGUAGGCCACUAUGUUGAAAGAACAACCAAGCAGAGAAUUGAUAUUAAAGGCUGAGGCUUCAUUUUUCGAUACUACAGCUCCCAAGGCGGUGGAUGGUCUUGUAGAGAUAAGGGAAGAUUAUGUUGAGGAAAGUCCUCCGGAAGUGGUAUCUUUAACAAAGAAUCUCGAGGCAGAGAACAACAAAGCUGCAAUUGAAGAUGAAGAAUAUACAUGCAUCUUGUCGCAGAUUACUGAUCUCGAAGUACAAGAAGAAGAAUCUGAGAAAGCAAAUGAAUUUAACAAAGACGAGCAGAUAGAAAAUGAUUCGGGUUGUAGGAUGUCAGAAGUUCAAAGGUUGAGGCUGCAAACUUCAGAUCACUAUCUAAAGAUGGAUCUUCACAUGGCAAAGGUCCAGCACUUAAUGACUCCAGUUUGAAAAAUAAGGCUCUGGAGCUUCCUGUAAUAACCGAGAAAGUUCAGGCUCCAUUUAUGGCUGGUCAUGAAGUAUGUUUCAUCUCUUCUUUUAGUAAUCACUGUA